GUGUAGAUCUCAAAUUUCAAAGAGAUAGAGGAUAAGAUUUGAAGUUUUCUCUAGAGGAAUUUGAUGUUUUGAAGGAUGAAGAUCCAAUGUAACGUAUGUGAGGUGGCGGAGGCGACGGUGCUUUGUUGCGCCGACGAGGCGGCGUUGUGUUGGGCUUGCGACGAGAAGGUACAUGCUGCAAACAAGCUCGCCAGUAAGCAUCAGAGAGUUCCUCUUUCUAAUUCCAAUAAUCAGAUGCCUAAGUGUGAUAUAUGUCAGGAAACAGACGGCUACUUCUUUUGUCUGGAAGAUCGGGCUUUACUCUGCCGAAAAUGCGAUGUUGCCAUUCAUUCACUCAAUGAUCUCGUUUCAUCGCACCAACGAUUUUUGCUUACGGGUGUGAAAAUAGGGGUCGAAACUGGUGAUCUUAUUGCAUCAUCCGUGAAGUCAAGCGCCUGUGAAAAGAUCCCGGAAACCGCAGAAUCACUUUGUCUGCCGACUAGUGCUCCAGAAUCUGCAAACAGUCCAUACAACGAAGUUCUGCCUACCCAAGCUGCUGGAUCGGGUGAUUGUGGGUCUCCUAAGUUGCCUUUUGGUGGAGGUUCUUCGAUCCAACAAUGGCAGUUUGAUGAGUUUUUCGGAUUGAAUGAUUUCAAUCAGAAUUAUAAUCAUGUCGAUUAUGGUUCAUCAAGGGGGGAUAGUAACAAGCUGGGAGACUCGGAUUGUUCGUCCUCAAUUCUACGAGCAUUGGAGGUCGAAUUGGAUGACGAGGAUUGCUUGAGUUGGGUUCCGGAUUCAUCGUGGGCGGUCCCACAGAUAUGUUCACCUCCCACUGCUUCAGGACUCUGCUGGUCAAAACAACAUCAUCGUCAUCAAAUCAACUCUUCUGCUGCUUUUGUUCCUGAUGUAAGCUAUCAUUCUCAACAAACUCUAAAAAGGAAGAGGCACUUCUAAUGGGUGUCCUUCAGGAUGUUAUCAUACCAGUAUUAAUGCACAGAUCCCAUCAAAACUCUGCAGUUAAAGAAGGCUAACCAAGGUCACUAGACAGUGUGUGUUCAUAGGGUUUAGUCUCUAUGGAGUAGUAUUCAUCUCCAUAAGGUUCUUCAGAUGUAUGCAUCUUACCCCAUGUUUCUCCAUCAAUAAUUGUUAAAAUGGCUUGUUUCUUAAAAGGCUGAUUUUGUUCC